AUGGAAGGUGAAGUAAUCGGAAAAUUGCAAACGAGCGCUUUUCAGUAUUGUCUCCAACACUGCUCCAAACAGAAGAAGUGUACGGCAGUAAAUUUCUUGAUAGGUGUCGAAGAUGAUCCGAUAUGCUUGCUUGUCGAUCGAACGAGAGAAGGCAGUGAAUCGGAAAUGCCUAUCCCGGAAAGUGUAAUUUAUAGCGCAGCAUCUUUCUGUCUUAAUCAAAGGUUAUCAUCACAAUGCUCUGAUGGUACAGUAUGGUCAUUUGAAAGGUUUCCAAACAAGGAUCUCAUUGAGGACAGGAAGCAGUGCAGAGCGAUUUUGUAUAAUGAAAAAGCGAUGCAGUGCCGUUAUUUGAACGUAUCAAUUCAAAACGUUCACAAUACAAAAAAAUUCUUUAAACGUAGUGAAGACGUAGAUUUGUAUGAAAACAAUUGUUUCCCGGAUCAUCUUUCUAUGAAUGUUGCGCAGUGUCAGUUCAUCCGAAUGCAGUCUUCCGGUUUCACGGAUUUUUUUGACCAACGUAUUGCGAAUGUAAGCAACACUACUGAAUGCGAGCAAUUAUGUCUCACAUGGGACAGCGGUAAUUGCCGCUACUUUACAUACCACCGAGGAACACGCAUGUGUUAUCUGAGUCACACAUCGCCUCGAACAUUGAACAAGAAUCCUCUACAGAAUUAUGACCUCAAUUUGUCGUCUGGUGAUUUGGAGGACUGUGUGCAGUUCAAGUUAAAGUGUAAACCAGAUCGGAUGCAUAUUUAUGGUUCAUCGUUAAAAAUGUUUUCUGGAACACUGAUGACAAAAAAUGAUAAAAUAGUUUCCUGCGAAAGAAAAUUCUUUCAUGUACACGAAUUCGAUGCCGAGAUACUGUACAAUGAAUGCGGAAUGCAAAAAACUCUUUCUCCUUAUUUGACUUUUUCAAACUUGGUAAUGUUGAAGGAAGGUAGUACUGAGCUCAUUACUGUCAAGGACAAAUUGUUAAAGGUUAUUUGCCACAUACAUAGUGAUUUGGAAAUUCUACCGCCAGAUCAACACUUGUCAUUUCGUUUUCUGAUUGAAGAUGAGAAUGUUACAAAACAGAUGUUAGCGAAGAAUAUACAAAUAGCGUCACAACUACGAAAUUAUGUGACUCAACCUCGGUAUACAAUGGAAGUGAUGGAUGUAAACAAAAAUCCUGCAGAAGUGGUACAAAUCGGUGAUGAAGGCUAUCUUUUAUUUACAUCACAUGAAAAGUCGAUCAAAUUUUCGAUAAUUAAUUUAUUUGCGCGUGACACACAAAGUGGCAGAACUUUUACAAUUAUAGAUUCCGACGGUUGCGCUGUUCCAAACGGAAUGCUUAAAAACAUUUAUCGAAUUGAUGAAAAUCAUUUGCAGUUGACCAUCGUCUUUAAUGGUUUCUCGGAUGAGGCCGAUAUUAUCUAUCAAGCUUAUGCUAUUCCUUGCGACGAAUUUUGUGACCCAAAUAACUGCAGCCAAGUGAAUUCCAUGAAGAACGAACAAAUCAAAAUUAAAAAUAGAGUACGGAAGAGGCGAUCGGUGAUGGCACCAUCUGAAUCACGUCUGUUUCAACUUUCUGGAGAUAUAUACGCUGUAAAAUCACCGAACAUACUCAAACUUAAACAAAAGUCAUGGAAAAAAGAAGGAAAAACUAAUGGUUUGCGCAUAAAAUCAGUGCUGAUGCUCUACGAAGAAUCAUUAACAGACAUCAGUGAUAGCGCAGAAGGAAAUCCCAUUACAAUAAAUCAACUGGUGUGUAUUACCGAAGAUGUGAAAUGUAUAAUAAUUCUCUUGGCAAUAUGUCUUCAGGCCUUAGUGUUGGUUGUUAUCAUUGCUAUCACAUAUAUUAUCAUUCAGCAUUGUGUGAGGCAACAAAGGCACUCGAAAAUUGUUGAACUGAGUCAAAGUAUCGACAAUAAAGAAGAGGCGAUUAGAAGAAGGCUCUCGGAAAGUUGA